AUGUUUUUGGACAAAUGUGAAGGAGAUCUGAGUGAUCUAAGAGGGGACAAUACACCAUCAUCAUGUCCUGUAGAAGGGGAAGAAGAUGAAAUUCCAAAAAAGAAACAUCGCAGAAACAGAACAACCUUUACUACCUACCAACUGCAUGAAUUAGAAAGAGCAUUUGAGCGUUCCCACUACCCAGAUGUAUAUAGCCGAGAAGAGCUUGCAAUGAAAGUUAGCCUGCCAGAGGUUCGAGUACAGGUUUGGUUCCAGAAUCGAAGGGCCAAAUGGAGGCGUCAGGAGAAGCUAGAGUCUUCUUCUGCCAAACUUCAUGAUUCUCCACUGCUCUCAUUUUCACGGACACCGAUAACUACUAAUAUUGGGCCACUUAGUUCAUCUCUACCCUUGGAUCCAUGGCUCACCUCUCCCAUUUCUACAGCCAGCAGUGUGCACAGCAUACCAGGAUUUAUAGCACCUUCUCAAAACCUUCAGUCACAUUACACUGGUCAUACUUUUCUCAACAGUGCACCUACAAUGACAUCUAUACAACCUCUCAGCAGUGGCCCCUACCAAUGCAUGGGAGGCUUUGUUGACAAGUUUCCCAUAGAUGAGCUGGACCGAAGUUCCAGCAUUGCUGCACUUCGCAUGAAGGCCAAGGAGCACAUUCAGACCAUAGACAAGACUUGGCAGCCUAUCUGACAACUGCAU